AUGUUGUCUCUGAGCAUCUACCUGUGUGGAGGGAUGGAGCUGCUGCUGCUGCUGCCCUAUAUCCUGGCACAGAUGGCUGGAGCCAUGAUCGGUCCUACCAUCACUAAAGUGAUGUACCCCUCUGACAUGUACGUGGCAUCCCUCGGAGGAGCUUCAACGCAACCACCGCAGAUGUUGGGAAAAGCACUAGCAGAAGUGAUGAUGACCCUGGUCCUCACCAUCGUGGUGUGCAUGGGAACCGUCAACAGAAAAAGCCGAACGCCGUGGGCACCGUUCUGCAUCGGCCUCACUGUCACGGCCUGUGUUCUAGCUGGAGGAUCUGUUUCUGGAGCAUGUAUGAAUCCUGCUCGAGCUUUUGGUCCUGCAGUAGCUGCCAACCACUGGAAUAAUCACUGGGUCUACUGGGUUGGACCGACCUGUGGUGCACUACUCACCGUCAGCUUCAUCAGGUUCAUUUUGUUGGUGCAUCUUCCAACAAAGUGA